AGAAUGUAAAAUGGUAGCGGCCAUGGACAACAUUGAAUGUUAGCUGACUAAAUGUGUUUGAAGUUUUUUAACUUUACAACAGUGUUUGAAUUUGACACCAUACAGGAAAUGGCUGUCAGUAAUUGUGAAAUUCUUGACUAGACCUAAUUGAUCGAUAACCUUCGAAAGUUUUUGAAGUUCAUUGACUCUGUCUUUGGUGUGUCUAAACUUCUGAAGUUAGCCUAUGUAACAAAGCCAAAACUAUUGAAAGUAGCCUAUUACAUAACUAUUUGCCAUAAAGGUUUACCUUUAAGGAAAAGAUAUAAGGUUCAGUUUUGAAAACAACAGUGAAGAAAAGAAACAUGUCACUUUUGAGAGCAUUUAUUCAGGAAGCAACACGUCGUAUGGAUAUUGUAGUGUCUAUGGCUGCAGGAGGGUUUACUGGUGUUAUGGUUUUAAAAGAUGAGUAUUAUGCUAAGAAUGUCAUUACUGUGGAGGGGCAUGAAGGAAAACCAGGCAGCCUUACUCCCCUUGAUACAGAGUCAGAACAACUUGGAUAUGAUGUAAUUAAAUCUAUCAAAGUUGACAAAGUUCAUGCUGUAUUUGUGAACUAUUUUACCACCAAAAGACCAGAAGUCAUCAGCAAAGGGACACCACUCUUGUGUCAAGGAGUAUUUAUCGGAGUGCCAUACUGUUUUAGAUUCAAAUCUGCAGAUGAAAUCAAAACAGCAGACUUACAAUUUUUUGACCGAGGGGUUGAUUUGGAUACGGAAAAUGUACAAAAUCUGUUCGAUACUAUGAUAUACACUGAAUUAGAGAAAAAAUUUGCUGUUUCUCAAGAGUUAUUUAAUAAAUAUUCCUAUUUAGCUCUACUGCAGCCAACAAGUGCUGCGGUUGCUGCCACAGUUUGGUACAUUGUGUGUUACUUCUUUUUCAAUCCGAUGUUUUACAUAAAACGACAUGUAUCGUUACGUAACAGGGCAUUUCUCUAUUUUAUCUGCAAUUGCAUCGGCGUAAAAAUUGCAUUAUGGGGUCACAAUCGAUUGCUGCAAUUCCGUGAUCAUUUGACAAUCAGAAAAACUGUUGAUGCUGAUAAAGAAAUGGCAUUAGCUGGGUUAACUUAUUACCAAAAGUGUUUGGAACGAAAUAAAAUGCUGUAUUCCCUCCCGGGAAGUGCCUUUAAAGACAAACUUGACUCUCAAGGCAAUUUCCUUUAUCCAAUUUAUGAACAGCGAAUAUCACUGACCAAUAGACAUUUGUAUCUUAUGGAAACGUUGAAACGUAAAGGUUUGUUGGUGGCAGGAAACUGUGGAAAAAUGGAUUUAUCAGUCUAGUACUAUGUUGAAAGUAUUCUGGCCCUACUGUAUUAAAUUUUUUAUUUAUC